GCUAUCUUCUGACGAAUGUUUUUGGUUAGCUUUGGUGUUAGUUUGAGCUCUGCGCUUGACAUUAACCGCUGCGAGGCCGCUUGGAGGCUGCUCCAAAAAGGUUCCUCUCUCUCUUCUUUCUGGUUGAUUGAUGUAGUGUAUGUGUGUGUGUGUAUAGGUAAUAUUUACGAAGGCAACAGCACUGUGAAAGUGGGUGAGCCUUUUUCAAUAGUGUGCCGACUGAGUCUGGCCGAGGCGGUGCACUGGCAGAGAAACAAUGUGCCGAUCGGUAGAGAGACAAAGUUUGAGAAUCCGCGGCACAGUUAUAAUCUGGACGAGCGGGAGGAGAACAACGCGGUGUUUGCGCGGUUGUCGGUUUCGGCGGCUGCUCCGGGACACGCGGGAGCCUACCGCUGCCACCCGCACCACACUCAGCCGCACCAUCUCUACGUCGAACAGGACAUUACCGAAACCCCAGAAGAAGUUGCAGAUAGUAGUAAGCUCCAUGCGAAUUUCGACUUCCAACCUUACAAAGUCAUGGACUUGGCGGCACAGUUCCACAUGCACUGUAACAUAACCGAUCAGACUCUUGCCAACAGCAAACCCGAAUACAAAUGGUAUAAAGAUAAUGAGUUAUUAAAAACAACGAACAAAGAUGGAAAGCCGUACUUGGAAGUGUCAGGGAAAAAUUUGAGAAUUCUAAAGCCUUCGUUAGAUGAUAUCGGUAACUACUGGUGUCAUGUAUAUGUUAAUGGAACAGAACAGUCUAAGAUCAUGAUCGAAGUUAUAGUGAAACCAUACGUGAAGUUGACAUCACAGUUGACGUUUAUUGAAGGCGAGGAAUUGAAAAUUGAAUGUGCCAUCCAAGCAAAGCCCACUCCAGCGGUCAUGUGGAAAUUUG